UAUAUAUAUGUACGAGAUCGUUCGGCGGACAAGGCAGCAAACCUUGAAGAGUAUUCCGAAGCGAUUGACACCUUCCUCGGACGCCGUAGCUCCGCGCCGUAGCUCUGCCCUCCGGUCGCGAAUUCGAUGGAUAGAGAGCUGGUGGAGCUCUUCGAGAGGGCGAAGAAGGCCGCCGACGCGGCGGCGGGUGACGGGGUGCCGUCGAAUGGCCCCGAGGUUUCCCGGUGCGUGGACUCUCUGAAACGGCUCAAGAGCUUCCCGGUUUCGUACGACGCUCUCGUGGCCACCCAGGUUGGGAAACGGCUUAGGCACCUAACAAAACAUCCUACGGAAACAAUUAAAACAAUGGCUGCAGAUGUGCUUGAGAUUUGGAAGAAGAUAAUCAUUGAUGAGACAGCCAAAAAUAAAAAGAAGUCCGGCAGUGAUGAUAAAUUGUUGCAGAAAAAUGAGAAAGCAGAUAGUAUCAAAGUUGAGAAGGGGCAGAAGGCAGGCGCAGUAAAGGUCGAUAAAUUUUCACAUGUAGAAACAGUGAAAGUUGAGAAAGUUUACAGAGGUGAUUCGACCAAGUUGGGUAGUGUUUCAAGUUCUCAAACCACCAAAGUUGAGAAAAAUGUUGUAGACACACAUACUCUAAUGUCUGAGAAGAAUGACAGAGAAGGGGGUUUCAAAGUUGAGCGGAUAUCCAAAGAGGAGAAACAGCCAUUGAAUAAUAACAAACCAUUAGCUGGGUCUAAUGCUCCUCCGAAGUUGACAGCAUUGGUCAAGUGCAAUGAUUCUAUCCGUGACAAAGUUAGGGAACUACUUGUUGACGCACUUUCUAAGGUUGCCAGUGAGGCUGAUGAUGAUAUUAAGGACGAAGUAAAUGCAUGUGAUCCAAUCCGAGUCGCUGUCACCGUUGAAUCUGUCAUGUUUGAGAAAUUAGGUCGGUCCAAUGGAACGCAAAAAUUCAAGUAUCGAUCCAUCAUGUUCAACAUCAAGGACCCAAACAAUCCGGACCUAAGAAGGAAAGUUCUUCUUGGGGAGGUUAAACCAGAGAGGCUCAUCACAAUGACCCCAGAUGAAAUGGCCAGUGAUCAAAGGCAGCGUGAGAAUCACCAAAUUAAAGAGAAAGCUUUGUUUGACUGUCAACGCGGUGGCCCGCCAAAAGCCACAACUGACCAGUUCAAGUGUGGUCGCUGUGGCCAGCGGAAAACUACUUAUUAUCAAUUGCAAACUAGGAGUGCAGAUGAACCUAUGACGACUUUUGUGACUUGUGUAAAUUGUAACAACCACUGGAAGUUCUGCUGAUUUGCUCAAUCCAGCCAUUCAGAUGGAACAGCUACUGAUCAUUUGUGGUAUGGGUUGUUAUCUUUAAUUUCAGGGGACCGUCCUCGUGUAUUCGUUUGUUGCUGGAAGAUUAGUUGGGGGCAUUGUCCAGUUGUGGCUGAGGUCCUGAUGACAAGCACCAACACAUGUCUGGUACAUUAUCAUUGAUUUGGUGUUUGUAAGCUUCCAUUUGUUCUCUUCUGUAGAAUAUAGGUUGUCUGCGGAUGCACGCUCUGCAGAAUCCAUAGGUCAUGUUUAAUGUAGGCUUUCAUAGCUCAACAAUAGGUGGAGUGUGCUCCUUAAGAGGCCCCAAUUCUUGUUCAGGGGAUCUCAACCACAUUGGUUGAGUGUGGUAAGGGUGACAUGGCCUAUCUUGGGUGAUAGAGUUUUCUGUUUUAAUUAGAGGUAGUAGCUAGAGCUAAUUCUCGCCCCACUCUCUAAAUGACUUUCAAUCUAUUUUUCAUCGAACUGCUUUUCUUGGUUUGUAUCUUAAAUAACUCCGUUAAUCAAUUUCUCUUGGAAGUCUUUUCAUAUUAA